AUGCUGGAAUCACUAGUUGAAAAGCUCCUGAAUAAAUUCCUUGCUCCAUAUGUGGAGGGGAUUGAGCGGAAUUUACAUUUGGGUGUAUGGUCAGGCAACAUAGUUUUAGAGAACUUAAAACUGAAACCACAGAUAACUGAAAUAUUAGACUUAUCUUUUAAAAUAAUCCAUGGAAAUAUAGGAAGAAUAAACAUACAAAUCCCAUGGAGUAAGUUAGGAAAAAGCCCGGUAUGUGUACUAAUUAAAAGUGUACACAUUUAUAUAAAACCAAGAAGUUAUAGAAAAAAUGAAAAUGUGAUAAUAGAAGAAUUAAGAAAAGCCAAAAUGCAUAGAUUGGAAUUAUUAGAAGAAGAAAUUUCAAUCAUUAAACAGCAGAAAAAUAGAGAAAAAUCAUCGGAAAAGUCUACACUUAUUUUUAAAUUAUUAAAUAAAAUUAUUAACAAUAUUCAAAUAGAUAUUCAAGAUAUUUUAAUUCAUUUUGAAGACCCAGAGAAGAACUUUUCCAUAGGAUUCAUCCUGAAGUCAUCAUCAGUAAAAAAUUGUCUUAACAAGGACGAAAAUGUCACAGAAGUUGCCAAUUCGAGUUCUAACCAAAAUGCAAAUACAAACGUAAAUGCAAAUACAAACACGAAUGCAAACGUAAAAGCAAAUGCGAAUGCAAAUACGAAUGCAAAUGAAGAACAUAAAAAGUUAAAUCAUAUAAUCGAAUUCAAAGGGUUAUGUAUAUACAGUAACAGUAAUAUAAGGAAAAAACGUAAAAGGAAAAAGUGGGAAAGGGAGAAAAAAAAUAAAAAUGAAAAAGAGGGGAAAAAAGAAGAGAGCGACAACUCUUUAAGUGAUCCAAAAAAUUUUCCUAAAAAAAAGGACAUUGAAGAAUCGCCCAAUUCAGUAAACAUUGGGGAAAAUGCUAAAGAUGAAAAUGAUGAUUGGAAAAAUGCAUCAUCUGUAACGAAUAACGAUAUCAAAGUAAACAAUGUUAAUGAAAAGAUGAAAGACUUUGAUUUUUCUUCAAAGAUGAAGGGUGAUUUAUCCAUUAGUUAUGAUAAAAAUAGCUAUCUAACAUUCGAAUCGAAGUUAGGUAGUGGAGAGGAAUGUGAUGAUGAUGGUGAUGAUAAUAAUAAAGAUAACUAUUUGAAAAGAACACUGUCCCAGAUUAGCCAUUUUUUAAGAGAUGACGAUAAUAAGAUUUUAAAUUAUUAUAAUUUUGAAUAUUUAAUUAAACCAUUCGAUUUAGUACUACCUGUGGAACAGUCUAGUAACAAAAAAGAACUAAAAGCAAAGUUAGAAAUAGGUGAGAAAUGGGAAGGAAUAACAUUAACAAGAACGCAAAUUACAAAAAUAAUUGAAAUAAUGAAUGAAGCGAAUAAGUCUAGAAAUCAAACGAACAAAUUAUUGCUAAAGCAUGCUUGUACUGUUAAAUUAGAUAUAGAAUCGUUGAGAAAUGAAACAAAAAAUGAAUUUAUGAACUUGUACAAUAAAGUUCUUGCAGAAAAAUAUAAUAUAUCAACAACUGAAUUGACAACAAAGGAAUUGAAUCGAUUACAAAUUUUGUAUGAUGUAGUUGGUGUACGACAUUUGGCUAAAUGGAGAUUGCAAUGUAGAAAUAUGCUAGAAAAAAUAAUAGAAGAGAAAAAUUUAAAAAAAAAAUAUCUCUACGAUUCUAUCUAUAAACAACAAUCAUGGUGGGCUUGGGUAACAGGAAAUAAGAAAGACAUUGAAAAUAAGGUUCAAAGUAUUUUAAAGAGUGAACAAGACAUUAUAAAUGAAAAGGAGUUAUAUAUUUUGCAAGAAGCAAUGACGAAUGAUGAUAAUUACGAUGUAGUCCUUCCAACGAAGUAUGAUUUUCAAUUCAAAUUAGCGAAUUUUUCUAUCAAUGUGUAUGAUGAUUGUAGAAAAAGAAGAAAAAAAAAUGCGAUUUUUCAUUUGAACAAGGGAGAGCAUGGAAACCGAAAUAACCACUCUAAUGUGAUACAAGUUUGUGGAAAUCAAAAUGAUGAUAAGCUAAUGAAAGGAAUUUCAAAAGAAAUGACAAACCAUCAAUACGAAGGAAACGAAGAUGGUGAUGUUAUUACUAAUAAAUACCUUCAUAGGAACGAUAUUAAUGACGAUAUGAGUCAGGAAAUGUUUCACAGUGGAAGUAGUUACAGUAUGUUAAAUAGUUCCACUGUUGUAAGUUCUACUAAUUCUAAUUACAUUAAGGAAAAGAUGAAAUGUAAAGAAAUUAAUAUAUUGUCAAUAAAUUUUUAUCAAAUAUAUUCAUCAUUAUCAUUACAAUCCGUUGUUGAUCACAAUGAUAACGAUAAUUUUCAAUGGAAGUUUAUAAUUGAGUUACAAAAUUUUGUUGCAAAACAUAAGAAUAAAGUUUUUAUGGAAUUUCGUACGAAUAAAAAUUCAUAUUCGUAUAAUGUUAAUAAUACAGGAAGUACUAUUUAUCAAAACCCAAUAUACUAUUCAUUGAUACAUAGCCAAAGUUUAUGUGCUUAUGUAGAGAUAAAUCAUUUAGUUACAGAAAAGGGAAAUACAUUAUCUACUUUGUUAAGAUUGAAUCCGUUGGAACUUUAUUUAUCACCAUUACUUAUUAAAAAUAUUUUGUCUUUUGCGUUUCCUUUGAUAGAUAUAAUUAAUAAGAAGCAAGCAUCGAUUUUGAAGAAAAAUAAAGGAAAGGACUCUGUCAUCAUCUCUGCAGGAAGGGAUGAAGAAGGGGGAGACUGUACUCAGAAUUUCAUCAAUUCAGAUUCUUUAUUUUUAUCCAAAAAGAGAGAGGAGGAUACCCUCGAUUUGGGUUCUAAUGAACAAAUUUCGUACAAUACUCAUGCAGAGGAAUCCACGUGCAAGCAAUUAGUUGGUAAGGAAGGUCUUGCGAAGGAGUCACUUAAGGAUUUCCCAGAUGAGGGAAAUUACAAAGAUGACGAAGAGGGAGAAAAGAAAGGAGAAGAAAAAGGAGAAGAAGAAGAAGGAGAAGAAGAAAGAGGAGAAGAAGAAUACGAUUUUCAGGGAUACGAGUCAGAGUGCGACGAAAUGGAUGAUGAAGAUAAUGAAGCAUUGAUUCAUAUUAAGAAAAUGGAACACACAGAAUUAAUUGAGGGUCUGAAAGAAAAGGGGGAAAAUGUAUAUAAUAGAGCAGUACAACAUCUACCUGAACUCUUCGAAUUUUAUAUUCAUAUAUGUGGUCCUAUACUACAUUUUGACAAUUUAACAAAUGGUAUUGUUGAAUUACAUUUGGGUAAUUUAAUAGCAAAAACCGAAUGCCCGUGUACAUAUCACAAGUUUAACCUUAUAUUUGAAUUUAACGAGACGCAAAUAACAUGCUUGAAAACGUCGACUCAUGAUGUUCAGAGAAUGUACAAGGGUAAAAUUGACGCAGAGUUAUUAAGUCGUAAGGAAGCGAAGGAGAAGGAGGAGAAAGAGGAGACGGAAGAGGUAGAACUGGAUAAUGAAUAUAAGGAUCGAAAAAGGGAAAUUGAAAAACAGGGGGAAAAAGUUAUUGCAGGCGUUACACCUGAUGAAGAGGUUUAUUUGAAUGAGAGUUACUGCAAUAACAUAAAAGAAAAGGCAUUAGAAAAUGAGAAAUUUCACAUACUACAGCCAAUUCCUGUUAAAGUAUAUGUAGAAUACAAUUUGAAAAUAUUAAAAACUAAUAUAAUUUUGGAUGGAAUAUUUUUUCAAAUUAAUCCAGAUGCAGUAAGCAUCAUAAUGGCUGUACCAACAUCUAUCACUAGAUAUUUAACGCGGUUUUAUUCAAAAAACAAGAAAGAAAAAGAUUUGUUGAAAAAUAGGAAAAGAAUCUCCUCCGUAGAAAAAAAAGAUAUGUGUACUAAGGGGGAAGCAAAUAUCAGCUUGGAUUUGCCAUGCGUAGAAAAACAUCCUAAAAAGAAUAGCGAGUCCAGUAUUGAUGUUGUUGUCAAUGUUAAAGAUGCAAAUAUGAAUAUGACUGAAUUUGGCAAAACAAAUAAACUAGAGGAAGAAUCCUUUCUUUAUGAUAUCGAUUUUUUAAUUAAGAAUUCUGCAUUUUCGAUUAAAAAUGGGAAAAAUAGAGAAGUUUUGAAAUAUGAAGCCUGUGGAAUAUCAUAUAAAAAUUAUUUACAGAAAAAGAAGAAGAUCGUUAAAAUUGAAAUUGAGCAGUUAUGGAUUUGUGACCCUAGCAAUAGACAGCCAAUUUUUUUUACUUUAACAAAGAAUGUGAAUUCGAAGGAUAUUUUUCUCUUCAGAUCAUUGUCAACUUAUUUGGAGGAAAAGCACAAUGCAAUGAUUAAGGGUGUUUCUCUGGGUAAUGCAGAUGUUGCUUCAGUUGGUGCUGGCGUACUACCAGACAACCCCCACACGGAAAAUGCUAUCAGUGGUGAUUCAGGCGUGAAUAAUAAAGAUAAUAUAUUAGAUAAUAAAAUUGAUAAUAAUAAUAAUAAUGAGGAUAAGGAUAAGGAUGAAUCAGAUUGCCUUGAGCGAUUUCAGUCAGCUCAAAGAGUAGAAGAAUAUAUGAUGAUGAGUUCAUCCAAUGAGGGACAGGAGUACACAGAAAAAAAGGAUGAUAAUUUCCACCCCACCUCUUUUAACCCUAACUGUAGGGAUGAAAAAAUUUGUGAAAAUCCUGUGGAAAAUGGGGAAUCCUCAAACGAGAAGAAAAUUUACAGUUAUAGGGAUGAUAAAAACACACAUGUGAAUAUCGUUUCGAACGAAAGCAGAAAUAACGACGUGAUAGAAACAGGAUGGAAGGAUAGAAGUGAAGAAAUGGAGAAAAAAGAAGAAUCUAGGAGAAAUGAAAAUGAAGAUCGAGUGGUCAAUCAUGUCAGUAAUGAUGCCGAUGCAGAUGCCCGUUGUGAUGAUGAUGGCAUUUACGAGGAGGAAGAUGAUGACUUUAUGGAUGCCAUAGAAGAAAAACAGCUGUCCAUAAACCUGCAAAUUGUACAGAAGAAAAAUGAAAUCAAUAAAGCCGAAACUCAUAUUAAUUUCAUCAUAAGUGAUAUCGAAUUGCACUGGAAAUAUAAGACCAUAAAGCAGAUAUUUAGAACGAUGAAAGAAUACAAAAAGAAGUUGCAGUAUGGAAUAGAAAAGGAUAUGAAAUAUAUAAAAAAUAAAUUAAAAAAUGAAAUGGAGUUGAAGAAUUAUAAAAUGUUUAUUUCUGAGCACACUUUGAGGAGUGUCCAGGAAACGUUAAAGAAUGUGAAAAAUUCUCUCAACAUUUUAGAUCUAGAAUCCACAAAAAAAAAUGAUGAGGAGGCAAACAUAAGUCUCAGUGAUUCCGUUGUAAAAACAGCUACUCUAGAUCCUGGCAAAAGAAAAAUUGCGAAUUCCUAUUUGUCUCCUGAAAAACAAACAUGUAUGGAACACAUGAGUGGUAAUAAUUGUGCAAUGGGGAAAAAUUCUCCAAAUGUUGCUGACUACGAUACUGCAGCACCGGUUGAUAUUGGCACUAGCACUAAUGAGGUUGAUAUUGGCACUAACACUAAUGAGGUUGAUAUUGGCACUAACACUAAUGAGGUUGAUAUCGACACUGCCACCGAUGACAUUCUUAGCAAUGGACUGAACAAUACAUUACCGAAAUUGCAGGGACAGAAGAGCUCAUACGUUAAGUACUUUUUCAAUUGUUAUAUCAAGAGUGCGUCCCUUGCCUUCUGGCAAAAACGGAAGAUUUUUUCAAAAAUUCAAGUAAGCAAUAUAUACUAUGAAAACAAGGUGUAUUUAAAUUUUGAUCAGAAAAUGUUUGUGAAUAUUGAAAAAGGUAUUAUAUCAAUAAAUAGUAAGAAUAUAAUUUCCAAUAAUAUUGACGAUUAUACAUAUGAUUUAUUUAUUUCUAAGAAGAGCAAAAAACACAACUCAACUGAUAUGGACAGUAUAAAACAAAAUGAGGAAUGUAAAGUGGUAAAUAUGAAAAGUUUAUGUGAGAGGAGAAAUAGUAAGGAUAUUUGGAAUUAUAUCAAUGUCGAUAAUUUAUCUGAGGAAAUAAAAAAAAAAAAGAAAAGAACAAAUAAACAGAAAAAGCAUGAUUUAUUUGUGGGAAAAGUAAAGGUUUAUAAUGAUAAGAGAAAUUAUAAUAUAUGCUUACUGUGUGAUAUAUCAAGUAUAUACUAUAUUUUUUAUUUACGCGAUUUAAAAUUAUUUUUGGAAUAUUUAGAUGAUGGUAUAUUGAAUGUAUUUAUAAGCAAAUCGUACAAGAAGGUAGUCCAAGUUGCUCAGACGAAAUAUUUUCUCUUUCAUUGCACCAUUCUGGAUCCUGUCGUUAUUAUCCCCGAAGACAAAAAUAUAAUAUACAACUAUCGUGGAAAAGUGAAAGACACGUCUAUGUGCUCCAAGGUAAGCAGCAGUCUUGGUGAAAAAGUGGGAAAUGCCAAAGGGGAUGAAAAUGCAAAAGGGGAUGUAAAUGCAGAAAAGGACAAUAACAACAUUCCGUAUAUCGAAUCAUAUUUAAAAUUCCAUAUAGAUACAUUAAAAUUUAAGAAUUCAUACACAGUUAAUUGCACCGAGGAGAUUAUACUAAAUCAGAGGAAUGAGCUGAAUGAAAAGAGGAAAAAAAGGAGAGAUAAACGAUUAAGAGGUGUUGGAUGGAAAAUCGAAAGUAAACAAGAGCAACAAAGAGGUAAUGUAAGUAGCGAUAAAGGUGGUAGCAGUGCACCAAAAGUGACCAAAGAAAUUGACUCACUGAGGAAAAAUGAAAACAAAAAUAAUGGAAUUGCAAAUGGGGGACAAUCUAAGUACGAUUUUACAUUAUAUAUUGAUCUGUUAAACAUUGAAAGUAGAGCGUGUGAAAAUGGAGGAAGCACAAAUAUAGAAGGAAAUAUAUUACAGAAAGUGAACAUAGCUUUAUGCUUAGUCAGCACUAAGGAUGGCGUUUGCAUUUAUCUUAAUGGAAAUAAUUUAUAUCUAGACUUGACUAUAUUUCAGUUAUCUUUUUUGUUGGACAUAAUUAAUGAAAAUUUCUGCUACAAGGGGUAUUUUCCAAUGUGUUUUAUUUGUGACAAAGGGGUAGACAUACACAACAUGUUAAAUGUUGAAUGGUUUCGAAAGGGAAAUAUCAACUUAGGGAGUUUGAAUAUGAGAAGUGGUAGUAGCAUGGCCAAAUGUACCGGAGAAGAGGGAGAAAUUGAGAAAUAUAGCGGAAAUCCUAACAGUCAUUCUAACGGACAUCUGGGUGACGAGCCAAAUAGCCACGUUGAUUCGACCAUUUCUAAUCUCAAAGAAAACUUAGAUCCCAUGAGUAGUGAGGAUAGAGAGAUCCCAAAAGGGGAUACAAUGGAUGGAAGUCCAAGGAGCAAGGAAAUAAUUAGGGAAUCGAAAAAUGAACCCAUGAGAAAGAAUGGGUUGAAGUUAUACGUGUAUAUAAACUUGGAGAGCCUAAGAAUUAAAACAUCUUUUGAUGUAAAUACACCAAUAGCUGUUAUAACGUUUAAGAACAUAAGCAUUUCGUUCCAUCUAGUUCUUUUAGAUUUUUACUAUAUUUAUUUUUUUGAUCUUUAUAGUAAUUCUCUAUAUAUUGAUGAUGUGAGGAAAAAUUCUAUCAACUAUUACAAGAGGGUGGCAUACUGUUGUAUUCAAAAUGAAGUUGACAGAAUUAAUAGGAAGAAAAAGUCUAAGAAAUCACAUAUAGUACGGAAUAAUGUACAGAGCAAUGUGUCUUCACUAACAAAGAAUAAUAACGUGUCAUUGAAUAGCAUUUCUUUAAUUUCCAAUCUGGAUGAGGAAAAUAACAUGAGCAGUAACCAAGUUAUAAGUAGUAGUGCUCUAUUUGAAAAUACAACCUCAGGAGAAUGGAAUAUUAUGACAAUGGAUGAUAACCAUUCCAAGAAUAAGAGUUUUAAAGAUGCCGCAGAUGAUUAUAGAUCCUCCUCCCAAGAAUUAAAUGACUAUAAAAUAUUACUAAGAUACAUGUUCGAGAAUAACGUAUUUUUGAACGAGAAAAAGAAGAAAAAGAAGCAAAAGGGUAUAAAGAUAAAAAUUAACUCUUUUAUAGAAGACAUAUUGUUAAGUAUAGAAUUGGAUGAUGCUUAUAUUUGUUUUUUUUUUAUUAUUUUCAUAGAUAUAUAUAAAUUUUUAUCUAUGGGUUUCAAAUUGAGUACUUUGCAUUUAUACCCUAAGCCUUCCCCUUACAUUGUUUCGUAUAGAGAUAGUGGAAAAAAGAAAAAAGGGAAGAAGAGUGAUAUGCAACAUAAACAAUCACAUAAUGACGACUUGCCCAGUGAGAGUAAAAAGGAAUUCAAUUCUAAGGAGCAGAAGAUUAACACACAUUCAGAAAUUAAUCAGUGUAGUAAGAAUUUGAAAAAAUACGAUUUUGAGAAUAUUAUGAUAGAAGAAGAUGUUUUUAAAAUGGGGAAAAACGAAUCUGAGGAUGAUGUAGAAAAUCAUGUGGAUGAAGGUUGUUUCUUAUCCGAUGCCAAAGAAGAAGAGGAAAAGGAAGAAGAUACUUAUUUAAAAAGAAAGAACAAAAAAUAUAGAGACAAGAACCUUAGCGACCCAUACAAGUUUAUAAGAGAAGGAAUGAAAGAUGAAAAAAAUCAAAUUAUAACAAAUAUUAAUGAGAUAUUGAAGUUAGAUAAUAAACCUACUCAUAUAAAUUUUAAAGUGACAAAUGGAAAUUUUAUAAUUUUUACAGAUUUAGAAAAUGUAGCACAUCCUAUUUUAAUGUGGUCAAAUAAUUUUGUUUUUUCCUUUUCUCUUUUAAACAAGUGUAUAAUUUUUCGAAAAAUUUAUGCCAUAGAUAGUAAAAUAAAUAGAAUUAAUUAUGUAAGUAAUUCACAGAACAAGGAAUUUAAGAGAAGAAAUUCCAAAGAUGUGUCCAAUCCAUUGCACAAUUAUCACAAGAAGAAAAUAUUGUUGUGUGAUAAUUUAAAUGUAAAGGGUGAAGCGUUAUACGAAUCGGUAGAUACUAAAAAAGAAAAUUAUAUUUUAAAACCUAAUCUGAAAAAAAAAGAUUAUCCAGAAUUUAUAUCUGUUUUUGAAGUAGACAUAAACAUAGGAAAAUUUGACAUACGAUUGUCAAAUGAUGAUGUAGAAAUUUUGCUAAGAGCCUCUUCCACCCUGUUUGGUGAUGUUCCUAGUUCAUACACGAAUAUAGCCAUAGGUACAGUAAUACCCCCAGUGAAAUUUAUACAUAGAAAAAUAAAAAACAAAUUUAUGAGAAAUAACAUUUAUUUUGUAAUGAAACAAGUGGGAGAUAGUGAAUUGAGCUCCUCCAAUAAUUUACGUGUUACUAAUAUAAACAAGUUAAAAAAAGGGAUGAUAAGAAUUAGAACGAAGGAAAAAAUUCUGCCUGAUGGUGUUGCGGAUUUGAAACAUAAGGAAAAGGCCUUAAUGGAUGGGGAAGAUAUUUCAGCAGAUACAUACAAACCUGGUACAGAAAAGGGCAUAAUUCCAAUUUGUAUGGAGAGUAAAGGUAAUGUGAAUUUUUCUGAGACGAAAAAUAGAGUGCUUGAGUCGUUUUCAUAUAAUAUGUUAUCUGAAUUCUCAAUUGAUUCUAAUUCGAUAAGUUGUUCAGAUUCAUCGUACACAGAAUCGUAUGCAUCUAACAGAAUUUUCAUGAGGAAAUCUAUUAAAGAGAACGAAUCGGAAUCAGAACUGAACAGGAAUAAUAACGAGACAACAAAUACGUAUAGAGAUAUUAAAAUAAUGAUAAGGUUACAUAAUGUGAAGUGUACAUUUAUUGAUGAUAUAAGAAAUUCUAUUGUUCCAAUUAUUAGAAUGAUACUAAGUAUGAAUAUUAGUUUAAAUUUUUACACAGAUGAGUGUUCUUACAAUAUAAACGAUUUAAAUUCUAAGGUAGAAUAUUUUAAUAACUGCAUAGGAGAAUGGGAACCAUUUCUUGAAAAAUGUAACAUAUCUUUGGAUGUCCAUAAAAUAUUAUCAAAUGAUAUGUAUAGUGAAGAAUCAGAAUAUAGUAAAUCCCCAAUCAGUAUUAUAAAAAUAAAUAGUGUUAAAGCUUUAUGGUUUAAUGUAACCCCACAGUUAAUAAAUUUGCUAUUUCUGUUUCUUCCACUAUUUACUGAAAAGGUACUUAAUGGACUAAAGAAAAAGGAAAAUAGACUCAUGAAUAGUAACACAUAUGAUAUGAGCGAAAAUCAAGCUGUAGAAUUAUCCUUUAUGAAUAACAAUUAUGAUGGGACGUCGACCGAGUUAGAUGAUAAAAAAUUGAACAUAAAAUGUAAAAACAUUUAUGAAGAUUGUUCCUCUGUAUUUGAAUCAGUAUCAGGUGACAUGGAUGUAAAUAAAUCUACUGAUUUUCAUUUGGACGAUUUUCUAAAGAAGGAAGUAAAUCGAAACAAUUACAAUUGUGUGAAGCAUAAUUCUGUUGUAUAUUAUGUCAAUUUAACUAGUGACUAUUUUUACGCCUUUGUAAUGCCAGAAGGCAAUAUUGAACAAAUGAAGAAUAAACGUGCAUGUGCAAUGUUAAGGAGUAAGUACAAAAUUGUGAACGAAAGAGGAACUCCAUCUGGUAUAAGUUCCAUUACAAAUGGUGUCAAAUUGGCAACUAUAGAGGAAAAGGAAGGGAUAAGAACGAAGCAGGUAGAGGGAGACUCAAAGUCAGUAUCUUCAUGCAAAUUGGGGGAGAAACAACAGCAGCUGCAUGGGGAGGGAAGAGAUAAGUUCACAAGGAAUGGUCAUGGGAGAAGCACGCCGGAGGUGUUCGCGAAAAUUAUCACGACAAAGGAAUUAAUAUCCCUAGAUCGAUUACUAGUUAAUGAGAUUGCUAAUAAUUCACUGAUAGAGAAAAAGUACAUGUACUUGUACUUGAUACCCAUUCCACCUACUAAUGUAGUGAACGCAAUUCAUGAUAUGUUUCCCAUUAUAAGUAAGAAGGACAUUGUUCUUGAUUUGAUGAUAACAAAGAAUCCCAAGAAGACAAUUGAUAACUUAGUGUCAUACAAUCAAAUUAGAGGAGGCGAAAAUAGGGGAAGAAAAUAUGUUAAUAGGGAUUUCAGCUUGGAUUCGAUUGCAGGGGCAGAAUUUUUCACAAGAGGAAAUAUCAGCACAGGAGUGGCAGGAGCGGCUGGAGCGACAGGAGGAGGAAGAAGAAAUGAGGCAAAAUCAGAAACGCUUGGAUUGGAAGAAGGGAAUGAUAUAGAGGAGAAGUACAACGGAAGUAUCACUGCAGAGGAAGGAAAUGCAGAUGAAAGGAAUGCAGGGGAAAAAACGAUAGAAAGAACGGAGAUUGGAGUGGCAGAAAUUGAAAAAACGGGCUGUAGUGAAGUAACAGAAUUGAGAAAGGACAACAGUAACUCGUCCAUUUCGAAUUAUGAUUUAUCUUGGGAGGAAGAAGAUGAAGAGAAGGAAAUUCAAGAUGAGGAAGAAAGUUCGACCGAAUGCAGUGUUGACAAUGAAAAGUUUGAAGAAAUAAAUUCAUUUGAGGAGAGGCAUAAUAAGUGUGAAAAUUACUAUUUUAAGUAUAAGCAAAGAAAAGAGAAAGAUUUAGGAAAUUCCACUUUUGCACCGAAUAAAUUCGUAGGACCUUUUUUAAAAAAUUGUGAAUGUGUCAUCAUAAACUUGAUUAAGAAUAGCUGCACAACAUUAGCCACAUCAAUGAAAAGUAGUAAUGUGAUUCAUUUAUUAAAACCCCGUGAUUUUAUUUUUGAAGAAAAAUCUAGGAAUGCUGUUAUUAUUAAUAAUAGAGGGAGGAAGUGCAAUAAGAUUUCGAACAGCCUAAAGGAUGAGGAGAAAAAGAAUGAUGCACUGGUGCAAAACUUGGGAGUUCAAUUAAAUAAGGAAAAUAUAGAAAAGGUGAAUAAAUGGGAAAUGUUGAAUGAAGAGUUGAUUAAACAAACCAAUAUGGCAUACAGGCACAGAUUGAAACAUAAUUAUUUACCUCAAACUUCGCUUAGAGAGACAGUAUGUGAAAUAAUAUCUCCCAUGCCGAAUUAUAAAAUAUUGUUCAUGUCCUCAACCGUUAGAAUUUUAAAUAAAUGUGGUAUUCCAUUAGAAUUUUGCUUUUUUGAUGUAACAAAAAAUCCUAUUUUAUUAACAUCUCUGGAGAAUAGAACAAUACCGAUUAGUACACUGUACCCAAACCACAGUGAUUCAUUUAAAAAUUACAAGGUUUCUAAUAGCUUGAAUAUAAAUCCAAAUAUAAAAUUACGGCAGAAGAAUAAUAACCUCAGCUUUACAGUUAUAUUGAACCAUGAGCAUUUAUUGUCAACUCCAGAAUGUGCAUUUUGUGGCCCAUCGCAUGUGUAUAUGUCGUUCAAGCCGAUCAAUUUGGUUAGUGAGGAAAAUGAUUAUUAUGAAAUUGUGAGUUCUAGAAGCGUUACUGAGGGGAAUGGAAAUGGAAAUGGGGGCGAAAAUGGGAAAGAAAGAAUUAGUAGUAGGAAUGACAUAAACGAAUUGUCCCAGCUUGAUUAUUCUAAAAGAAAAGCACAAAGCUCGAAGGAUGAACUGAAGAGGAAUAAUUGUGAUGAUGAUAAAGAGUGGAACGACAUGCUACUGUCAAGGAGAGGAACAAAAGAACUUCUGGAUACUUCUUCCAUUAAUUGUGAAAAGGGAUGGUCAGACAUUUUCAGCUCUGAUGUAAAUCAAGGGACAUAUGUGAAAAAGUGCCAACUUCGGGAUAACAAUAAUUAUUUAUAUUUUUUAGUAAAAAUUGAGAAUAAAAUAAGUGCCUUACCAGCAGAGAAAAAUAUAAAAAUCAUUACAAUAUAUCCACAUGUUAGUGUAGUUAAUGCCAUUCCAGCAUUGGUAGACAUUAUUAUAACUUCUGAAAUUUCUGAGGAGAAGCAGAACGAUUAUGUUUAUGAAGAAAAGGGGAAAAUCGAUACUUUAAAAAACAAUAAGGUGAGACUGAUGAGACAGUGUGAAGAGAUAAAUGCAUAUUUAAGUAAAAUUGCAUCAGUAAAGAUGUCCAGCUCGAGAAACAGUUCAUCAGGUGGUAUUGUUAAUACCUUUGGUGACGAUUAUGUAUUGGGAAAAGGUGCAAUGAACAAUGAAGGUAUUUAUAUGCAGGAAUUAAAUCGGUUGGAAAAUGAAAUAUGUAACAUUGAAGAAGAAAUAAAAGAGAAAAAAAAAAAGAUAUCUUCAUGCACAUCAAAUAUGGGAUAUGUGAAUAAACGGUUGAAUCCAUUUUCCAUUUUUUAUAUAUACGAAAUUAGGAAGUAUAAUUGUUUAAAUAUGAAGAUGAAAAUUGGGAAUUCUCAAUGUGAAUGGUCCGAAAAGCUUUAUCUAGUGGAAGAUGAUGAAGAAUCUGUUAUGAGAUUUACUUUAAAUUUUAAAAGAUUUGCAUCUGUGGAAGUAGAGUUAAUCAAGAAUUUUAGUGGAUAUUUUAACUCAUUAAGUAGUAUAGUUGGAAAUAAACAAUUGUAUAUUUUUUCUCUACCACGAUGUUUUAUUGACAGAACGGGGUUAGGGAUUAAGGUAAUAAAUUCUAAUAAGUAUUACCCAAUUAUAAACGGAAUAACAUUGCUAGGUGACAAUUCACAAAUCGAUUUGUUAUUACCUCAUAAAACAUAUAACAAUGAAUUCUUAAGAUCAUGUCGAAGUGGAGGUAAAAGUUACGAUGGUGUUGGAAUUUACGGAUCCAAUGAUUAUGAUGAUAUUUUUAACGAUUUUAAUUAUCCUACUCCUGUUGAUAAUUCACCGAUAUUGUUUAAGGCCACUUUACCACCCAUUGGUAGUUAUACAGAAACUAGUGUCGAAUGUAAGAAUUUUUUUUACACAUUUUGCCUGAACACAGAAAAAAUUAAGACAACAAAUAUACCUUACAUCAUCAGCCGAAUAGUAACAGUAGUGCCUCAGUUUAUUAUCAGCAACAAGUUGAAUUAUCCCAUAUUGAUAAAGCAGUUUCAAAUGGAUAAGGUACAAGGAAUAAGGAAGAAUGAUACUUGUCCGUUGUAUUUUCCCAAGAAGCAGAACAUUUUGCUGUUUCGAUUUAAGACUUUGGAGAAUGUGAAAAAUGAUGCUCAUGCUGGUGGAUAUGUUAGUCACCAUGAUAAUAGCCACCCUAGUGACAAGAACAAUAACGAAAGUAGGAAGAAUAAAUGUCAGGCUGAGGAGGGAAACAAAAUGGUGCAAAAUUACAAUAAAGUGACUAACUCAAACGGAAGCCCAUUUUGGUCGUCGGUUAUAUUCCCAAGUGAGAAUUUUGUAGGGACAAAUUAUAUGGUAGUAAGCAAUCAUUCAAAAAAGGAAGAGAAAUCAGACGUUUAUAUUAUUACAUGCAUACCUGAUUUGGGAUUGAAGAAUAUAAUUAUCGAAAAGUUAGACAAGAAUAUGAAUAAAGGAUUUAUUGCUUAUAACUGCUCGAGGUUGGCAAAAUAUUUUAGAAUAAGAACCUUUCAUGAUGAUAUGAAACAUUUGAAACAGGUUGAGGAUGAAAAUUAUAAUUUUGAAAAAAAUAUAUUAUUUAGAAAUUUUUUAAAUUCAAGCGAUAUUGAACAUUAUUUUAAUAUAGAAUAUGAUGAGCAUAUGUAUUUGGGUUGGGUUAAUCCGUUUAUAUAUGUAACAAGAAACAUACAAAUCGAGAUUGUUCUUCAUAAUAUGAAGACCAUUCCUAGAAUUCCUUUCAUUUUGAGGUUUGCACAAUUUAAUUAUUCUCAGAAAAUAUUCCAUGUAUAUUGUCAUGAUGUCAUUUUCAUUAUUUCUAUAGAAUAUAUACAAGAUUUGAUAACAAUAAAGUUGAAGCAUCGAAUGAAUAUUGUAAAGGGGGUAAUACAUGAGCCUACUUUUUCAGCUAGUGGUGAUUAUGGAGGUUGUGACAGUAGUGGUGUUGUUGAACGUGUUACGUCUACUUAUGACAUUCAUGAUGGGGAAAGAAGUUCGAAAAAUUCUUUAGAUAUACAAAAGGAAUAUAAUAAAAUAGAAGCACUGGUAGAUGGGUACCAGAUGAGUAGGAAAAAUAGCAAUGAAAUAAGCAUGACCAAUGCAACUUCCCUCAAUAUUAUGAACCCUUGUAAAGAUAGCAGUUACAUUCAGAGAAAAAUGAUUGGAACGAAUGAAUACAAUUAUGUAAAGUAUGGAAUUGACAGAGGAGUAGUAGUAGUAGGUGGUGGUGGUGAUAGUAGCAACAAUAGCAGCUUCAGGAACAGCUACAAUGGAUACAACAAUAAGAACCACUACUACUACUACCAGCAUCAGCAGCAGCACCAUCGACAGGAGGAGGAAAAUCAUGGAAAUAAGAAAGAAGAAUCAGUAAAAAUGAUCAGCAGCACAUAUAAAAAUGUACAUAUAAUAAUUAAUAUAACCCAAAUAGGAGUAAGUAUCAUAUCUAAUAUACUAAAAGAGGAAGUCUUUUUUAUUGAAUUGUCUAAACUGUGUGCAUUAUUUUAUAUGAAGAAUGAAGAAGAAGUAAUUGAUAUAAAGAUUACGGAUGUACAAGUAGAUUGCCAAUUAGAGUCUUGUGAAAAAUGUGUACUUUUAGCAAAUCGAGGGAUAUGCACAAAUGGUGACAGUGGUAAUGCAGUAGGAGGAAUAACAGGAGGAGGAGGAAUAGUAGUCGGUGGAAAUAGUGAAAAUGAAUUGAAAAGAAUUAAAAGUUCAUAUAAUCAAGGUUCAAAGAUUGAUAAUAGAACAAGCGACAGUAGUGUGCUUUGUGGAAAAGGAAGUUAUUACAUGAGUGAGAUGGAUGAGGUGUACGAUUGUAACAAUAGAACGAGUGCUAUGAAUCGUGGGACCCGAGGAGUAUUUCCUAAUAAGGGAAUGAUGUGUAAGAAUCCAUCAGAAAUGAGAAUUGUGAAAAGCUUAAAUAAUACAAAUGAAGAGAAAAUAUUUUUAAACAUAUAUGUAGAGAGAUCUUUUAUAUCACAUAAAGAUGUAAUUUUUAAAAAAAUACAAAUAUCUUUAGAUGAUAUAGAAAUUGAGAUGGAUGCAGAAACGUUAAAUGGAAUUAAUUUACUCAUAGCAGAAUAUAUAGAAGGAAUAAGUUUGGUACAGAAGAAGAAUUUACUUUAUGAGGAAAUACAAAAAUGGACAAUUCUACCUGUAUAUGUAAAUUAUAAAUCCCCAGAUAUUCCUUUAGCUAUAAAUAUACAAUAUAUGCAAAUAGAUAAAUUUACUCUCAUAGUUUGGUGUUCAUUUUUAUUAGAUAAAAUGCACAUGAUGAGUGAUUUGUUAAGGAUCGGUUUGAGAAUAUUAAUGGUAUCAGGAAGAUUGGAAUUGUUAGGUGCACCUGUAGCAUUAAAUCAAGAAAUAUUUAAUAAUAUUCGUGCUAGUUUAAAAUCCUUUUAUGCAUUGUUAAAGGACAAGUAUAGUCAUUCUAUAUUGGCUUGUUUGGGGUUCAUUGUUGGAUAUAGUAGUCUAAUUAACAUACCAAAAAUACCAUUAGAAAUAGGUAGAAAUACUAUUGGUUUAGCAGUAUAUGCAGUUGAUAAUGUAAGUGUUGGUAUAGGUAGUUUUUUGUCAAAUUUGACUUUUGAUUCAGAAUAUAUAAACAGGAGACAGAAAGAAAGAAAUUUCAAAACAAAUACAAAUAUGAAAGAGGGAUUACUAAGUGCAGUAAAGAAUAUUGGGGAAGGGGUUUUAAGUUUAUCUAAUAUUGUUACAAAACCAAUUGAAGGUGCACAAAAAGAAGGAGUUGGAGGAUUUUUUAAAGGUAUAGGUAAAGGGGUAGCUGGAUCAUUGGUAAAGCCAUUAGAUAAAGUAGGCCAAGCUGUUUCAGAUGUAACAAGAGGUAUAAAAGCAGAAGUGUCUAAACCUAUUGGAGGUCAUAAAUAUAAAACUAAGAGACACAGAAAACCUAGAAUGCUAUGGGGAGAAUAUGGAAAAAUAAAAGAAUACAAUUUACAUGAAGCUGAAUUAAGAGAAUGUUUAGGUCUGAAAUUUUCUAAAAAUAUUAUGAAAUGUUUGACUAUACAUAAACAAGAAAAUCAUCCACCAGCUCAUUAUUCUAUGUUAUUUUAUCCAAAGGUUAUUAUAUAUGCCAAUUUAUAUGCAAAUAUGUGUGUUAGUACUAAAAAUAAUGAAUUUUUGAAAGAUAAAAAAGUAGGUUCUGCUUCUGGUGCUGGUGCAGCAGGAGCCGGAAGUGGAGGUAAUGGUGGUGGGGGUGAUAUCGUUAUUUGGUCUCUUAAAGUUGAAGACAUUUCAGAAAUAAGGGCUUCAAGCCAUGGUCUUAUAAUAAAAACAGGAAAUUCCAAUAAUCUUGUGUAUAAAAUUCCUUGUAACAAUGCGUUACUCAUAAAUAAAAUAUAUCACGAAUUGCAAAAUUCGAAAAAUUCCAUAAACUCUACCAUCAUCCUUGGAGAUGACGACACUGUAUGA